AUGUGGAUAAAUAAAAUUGGAAAUAAAAGCGCCUCAUUCAUAAAUCAUAAACAUUUUCAUCCAGGAAAUAUAAAGAAUUUAGAAAGAGUUUGGAUAGCUGAAGAAAAUGAAAGAAAAAGGAAAGAAGAAGAAGAAAAAUAUUUAAAAAAAAGAGAAGAGCAAUAUAAAAUAUAUAUUUUAAAAAAACAAUUAAGAAAAAAUGAAGAAGAAAGUAAAAAUUGCUUACAUAAUAUUAUAUAUGAUAUAAAUAAAGAAAGUAAAACAGAUAAUAAAUCAAAAAUACAUCCAACUGAAAAUAUAAAUAAAAAAAAUGAAAAUAUUAGAAAUAAUAAUGAUGAAAAUGUAAAACAUAAAUUAAUUAUAAAAUCAAAAUAUAAUGAAGAUAUUUUUUUAAAAAAUCAUAAAUCUGUAUAUGGUUCGUAUUAUGAUAAAGAAAAAAGAAAAUGGGGAUAUAAAUGUUGCAAAAACAUUAAUAAGAAUUCAUCAUGUACUAACAAUAUUUAUGAUAAUAUAAAAAUAAAUAAGGAAAAUAUGUAUGUUAUAAAAGACUUAAAAAAAAAAAAAAAAAAGAAAAAGAAAAAGAAAAAAAAUUAUAGUGUUGAUAACAGUAUAACAGCUGCUUUGAACAAGAUAUUAUAA